GUGACUGCCGCCAUGGUGUCGUGCUGUGACGAAGGGAGAUGGCAUUGUAAACGCCAGAGCGAGGUUCUGCCUACGCCGAGACUGCUGCUGUUCGGAGACCUGCAGGUGAAUGCCCCAUCACCAUGUCUGACCAGGAGGCAAAACCUUCAACUGAGCAUUUGGGGGAUAAGAUAAAAGAUGAAGAUAUUAAACUCAGGGUUAUUGGACAGGAUAGCAGUGAGAUUCAUUUCAAAGUGAAAAUGACAACACCUCUCAAGAAGCUCAAGAAAUCGUACUGUCAGAGACAGGGCGUUCCAGUGAAUUCCCUCAGGUUUCUCUUUGAAGGUCAGAGAAUUGCUGAUAAUCAUACUCCAGAAGAACUGGGAAUGGAGGAAGAAGAUGUGAUUGAGGUUUAUCAGGAACAAAUCGGAGGUCAUUCAACAGUUUAGACAUUUCUUUUUUUUUUUUUUUCCUUUUCCCUCAAUCCUUUUUUAUUUUUUAAAAUAGUUCUUUUGUAGCAUGGUAUUUAAAACGGAAUUGAAAACAGGCACUCCAUCUCUUUAAAACAUCUGGUAAUUUGAAUUCUGGUGUUCAUUAUUCAUUAUUGUUUGUUUUCAUUAUGCUGAUUUCUGGUGAUCAAGGCUCAGGCCUCUUCAUAUUGCCCUCUCCUUUUAUAAAAAUUAUGUGUGCACAGAGAGGCCACCUUUUUCAGGACUGUACAUUUUCAGAUGAUAAGAUUGACUAAUGCAAGUGUUCAUAAUGACUUUCCAGUUGGCCCUGAUGUUCAACCAUGUGAUUGUUUCACUCCUGGACUAUGACUUUUGGUGGGAGAUGGAAGUUUUUUAGAGAACUGAGCUGUGGAAAAAUGACCUCUCCUUAACAACUUGAAGCUAUUUUUAAGAUUUGAGGGUCUGGACCAAAAGAAAAGGAGCAUCAGGUUAAGUCAAGAUGACAGAUAAGGUUGAGAGUAACGACUAACUCCAAAGAUGGCUUCCCUGAAGAAAAGACAUUUGAAGAUUUUUUUUUUCUUAAUCUUGUCAGAAGAUCCCAGAAAAGUUCUGAUUUUCAUUAUCAAUAAAGGUAUACAUGCAGAAAUGAAUACAACAGAAUACUGCUCUUUUUUAUUUGUACUUUUUGGCCUGGGAUAUCGGGUUUUAAAUGGACAUUGUCUACACCAGCUUCAUUAAAAUAAACAAUAUUUGUAAAA